CGGGGCCGAUCGGCUAGUUCGGGAGCGGGUAGUGGCGGCGGUCGGUCGGCAGGGGGCGCUCGGGCUCCGGCGCGCGGCGGCGGCUGCGCCAUUGGCGGGUCGGAAAUGCCGCCAGAUGGCGGUUUAGGAUUGCAGCUCCGCUGAGCGCGGCCCCCGCGAACGCCACCGCCCCGGCCCCGGCCUGGCUCCGGCCCGCACCCACCUAGACCCCACGCGCCAGUCGUAGCGCAGGCUCCAGGGGCGCUGCCCGGCCCGAGGUAUCAGGAGUGCCAGCCAGAGGCUCCAUUGCAUGUUAAUACAUUCUUAAAGGUUGGACUUUGAGAUUAAUGAAAAUAGUUACCAGGAAGUUGUCUUGUAACGUCACCACUAGAAGAAAUUCUAUGUAGUUCUAAUAUUUCAUAGAGGGUGCUGUGCUACAAAAAUGAUUACUUCAGAUUUGCCGGUGUUACAGGAUUCAACAAAUGAAACUACUGCACAUUCAGAUGCUGGCAGUGAGCUUGAAGAAACAGAAGUCAAAGGAAAGAGAAAAAGGGGCCGUCCUGGCAGGCCUCCAUCUGCCAAUAAGAAACCUCGAAAGUCUCCAGGAGAUAAGAGCCGUUCUGAACCUGGAACUAGAGGAAUAGGUCGUGGAAGAGCUAAUGGUCACCCUCAACAGAAUGGAGAAGGCGGGGACCCUGUCACUUUGUUUGAGGUGGUGAAACUGGGGAAAAGUGCGAUGCAGUCUGUGGUGGACGACUGGAUUGAAUCAUAUAAACAAGACAGGGAUAUAGCACUUCUGGAUUUAAUCAACUUCUUUAUCCAGUGUUCAGGAUGUCGAGGUACUGUAAGAAUUGAAAUGUUCAGGAACAUGCAAAAUGCAGAAAUCAUCAGGAAAAUGACUGAGGAAUUUGAUGAGGACAGUGGUGAUUACCCGCUUACCAUGCCUGGGCCACAAUGGAAAAAAUUUCGCUCAAACUUUUGUGAGUUCAUUGGAGUGCUCAUUCGACAGUGUCAGUAUAGCAUCAUUUAUGAUGAAUAUAUGAUGGAUACAGUGAUCUCUCUUCUGACUGGUUUGUCGGAUUCCCAGGUCCGAGCUUUCAGGCAUACCAGUACUCUUGCUGCUAUGAAGCUUAUGACUGCUCUUGUGAAUGUUGCCUUAAACCUGAGUAUUCACCAGGAUAAUACACAGAGGCAGUAUGAAGCUGAGAGAAACAAAAUGAUUGGUAAGAGAGCUAAUGAAAGAUUGGAGCUGCUGCUUCAAAAAAGGAAAGAGCUGCAAGAAAACCAAGAUGAAAUCGAAAAUAUGAUGAACUCUAUUUUUAAGGGCAUAUUUGUUCAUAGAUACCGUGAUGCUAUUGCUGAGAUUAGAGCUGUUUGUAUUGAGGAAAUUGGAGUGUGGAUGAAAAUGUACAGUGAUGCCUUCCUGAAUGAUAGUUAUUUAAAAUAUGUCGGUUGGACACUACAUGACAGGCAAGGUGAAGUGAGGUUGAAGUGUUUGAAAGCUCUACAGAGUCUGUACACCAACAGAGAGUUGUUCCCUAAACUGGAGCUAUUCACUAACAGAUUCAAGGAUCGCAUUGUAUCAAUGACACUUGAUAAGGAAUAUGAUGUUGCUGUGGAAGCCAUUCGAUUAGUCACUCUAAUACUUCAUGGAAGUGAAGAAGCUCUGUCCAAUGAAGACUGUGAGAAUGUUUAUCACUUGGUGUACUCAGCACACCGGCCGGUUGCAGUAGCAGCUGGAGAGUUCCUUCACAAAAAACUGUUUAGCAGGCAUGACCCCCAGGCAGAAGAAGCAUUAGCGAAGAGGAGAGGACGGAACAGUCCAAAUGGAAACCUCAUUAGGAUGUUGGUUCUUUUCUUUCUUGAAAGUGAGUUGCAUGAACAUGCAGCUUACUUAGUGGAUAGUUUGUGGGAGAGCUCUCAAGAACUGCUGAAGGACUGGGAGUGCAUGACAGAAUUGCUAUUGGAAGAACCAGUUCAAGGAGAAGAAGCAAUGUCUGACCGACAAGAGAGUGCUCUGAUUGAGUUGAUGGUGUGUACAAUUCGACAAGCUGCUGAAGCACAUCCGCCAGUGGGCAGGGGGACUGGCAAGAGAGUGUUAACUGCAAAAGAAAGGAAAACUCAGAUAGAUGACAGAAACAAAUUGACUGAACAUUUCAUUAUUGCGCUUCCUAUGUUACUUUCAAAGUAUUCUGCUGAUGCAGAGAAAGUAGCAAAUCUUCUGCAAAUCCCCCAGUAUUUUGACCUGGAAAUCUACAGUACAGGCAGAAUGGAGAAGCAUCUGGAUGCCUUGUUAAAGCAGAUUAAGUUUGUUGUGGAGAAGCAUGUAGAAUCAGAUGUUCUAGAAGCCUGCAGUAAAACCUAUAGCAUCCUGUGCAGUGAAGAAUAUACCAUUCAAAAUAGAGUUGACAUAGCCCACAGCCAGCUGAUUGAUGAAUUUGUGGACCGAUUCAACCAUUCGGUAGAGGAUCUGUUGCAGGAGGGAGAAGAAGCAGAUGAUGAUGAUAUAUACAAUGUGCUUUCCACUUUGAAGAGAUUAACUUCUUUUCAUAAUGCUCAUGAUCUCACAAAGUGGGAUCUGUUUAGUAACUGCUACAGAUUACUGAGGACUGGAAUUGAACAUGGAGCUAUGCCAGAGCAGAUAGUUGUUCAGGCACUACAGUGUUCCCAUUACUCUAUUCUCUGGCAGCUGGUGAAAAUCACAGAAGGCUCCCCCUCCAAAGAGGACUUGUUGGUAUUGAGGAAAACUGUGAAAUCCUUUCUGGCUGUCUGCCAGCAGUGCCUAUCGAAUGUCAACACUCCAGUCAAAGAACAGGCUUUCAUGCUGCUCUGUGAUCUCUUGAUGAUUUUUAGCCACCAGCUGAUGACUGGAGGUAGAGAGGGUCUUCAACCUUUGGUGUUCAAUCCAGACUCUGGGCUCCAGUCUGAACUCCUUAGCUUUGUGAUGGACCAUGUCUUCAUUGACCAAGAUGAUGAGAACCAGAGCAUGGAGGGAGAUGAAGAGGAUGAAGCUAACAAAAUAGAGGCUUUACAUAAAAGAAGGAACCUUCUGGCAGCCUUUAGCAAACUUAUUAUCUAUGAUAUAGUAGACAUGCAUGCAGCAGCAGAUAUCUUCAAACACUAUAUGAAGUACUACAAUGACUAUGGCGAUAUCAUUAAGGAAACAUUGAGUAAAACAAGGCAAAUUGAUAAAAUCCAAUGUGCGAAGACACUGAUUCUCAGUUUGCAGCAGCUGUUUAAUGAGCUUGUUCAGGAACAAGGUCCCAAUCUGGACAGGACGUCUGCCCACGUCAGUGGGAUUAAGGAACUGGCCCGUAGGUUUGCCCUCACCUUUGGGCUGGAUCAGAUCAAGACAAGAGAGGCCGUGGCCACGCUGCACAAAGAUGGCAUAGAAUUUGCCUUCAAAUACCAGAAUCAAAAAGGACAAGAAUAUCCACCUCCUAACCUUGCUUUCCUUGAAGUGCUUAGCGAAUUUUCUUCUAAACUGUUGCGGCAGGACAAAAAGACUGUUCAUUCAUACUUGGAGAAGUUCCUGACAGAACAGAUGAUGGAAAGGCGGGAAGAUGUAUGGCUUCCACUGAUUUCCUAUAGAAAUUCACUAGUUACUGGGGGUGAAGAUGACAGGAUGUCUGUGAACAGCGGAAGUAGUAGCAGCAAAGCAUCUUCAGUGAGGAAUAAGAAAGGACGACCUCCACUUCACAAAAAAAGGGUGGAGGAUGAGAGUCUGGAAGGCUCAUGGCUAAACAGGAACGACACCAUUCAAACACCAGGGGCUCUGCAAACACCACAGCUCACUUCAACUGUAUUGAGAGAGAACACUAGACAAAUGGGAGAGCAGAUUCAAGAGCAUGAGUCAGAACAUGGAUCUGAACAAGAUUUUUUACACAAUCCCCAGAUGCAGAUAUCUUGGUUGGGCCAGCAGAAGCUAGAAGAUUUAAAUCGAAAGGACAGGACAGGAAUGAACUACAUGAAAGGGAGAAGUGGUGUAAGGCAUGCAGUACGGGGUCUAAUGGAGGAUGAUGCUGAGCCCAUCUUUGAAGAUGUAAUGAUGUCCUCACGAGGUCAGCUAGAGGAUAUGAAUGAGGAGUUCGAAGACACCAUGGUUAUUGAUCUGCCACCUUCAAGAAACCGACGAGAACGAGCUGAAUUGAGGCCGGACUUCUUUGACUCUGCAGCUAUCAUUGAGGACGAUUCAGGAUUUGGAAUGCCUAUGUUCUGAAGUCUGGGGAAGACGUUUUACAAAUUUGGAACUCUAUUGUUUAGAGCUAGAGGCCUAUAUACUGUGAUAGCUUGUAUGAAAACCACAUUUUUGAUGUGAUAUGGUUUGAUUUUUAACCAAAUGAUUACAGUCAAUCCCAUUUUGUAGUGAAAGAGGAGAAGAGGACCUUCUUAAUGAUACAAAGGAAUGUUGGCCAAUCCAAUCACCUCAGAAAGGCUGACCUAAAAGAAUCGUUUGUAUCCCUGUUCUUGACUGUCCUUAUACAGAUGUUUUUUUUCUGGAUGGGAAGGGAGUUUUAAAUUGUUAAGACAGCUGUCAAAAUAAACACUGUUCUACACAUGUUUUCUGAAAACAUUGAAUGAAAACAAAAAACUUUUUAACUUUAUUUUUCUGCUGUACAAUUUAAAACUGUUUUAACAUUUGCCUUUUUAUGUUUUAAAAGCUAGCCAUUUUUAUUAAACCUAUGCCUGUCAGUGACUGACUAGCAAUGAUGCUAUAAGCAGGUCAUCCUGGCUGCAGAAAUGUGUUUUUAAACACACUGGAUUUGAUUAACAGUAUGGUACGUGUAUAUCCUCUCAUAGGCAUUGAAAAGAGCAGAACACUCUUACAAAAGAGGUUAGAAAUCUAAUGAAGUGCAUCUCUGCCAAAAAAGUCAGAUUCUGAUAUGAUAAACCCAGAUUUUAUACUCUUGAGAAGAUUUAUUUUUAUUUAUAAUGGGGCAUAAAAUAAGAGAUGUCCAUGAAGCCACUUUUCCAACAGAUGCUGUGUAACAUUCAUUUUAUAUAGCACAUGGGGACACAAAAACAGUACAUUUUCUAUUGGUACUUGCUCUGUGCAUUUUUAGCAACUUAUACCAGCAAAUAAAGUAUUCUCAGUAAAACACACAAAUGGUUCUCAAGUAGUCACUUUGCUGUUUUUACUACCUAUUUCAUGCCCUGCCAAUCCAAGGUACAUAAACAGCAACUUUCCUAUAUAAAAUAGAUCAAGGGGGGAAAAAAGGAAUCGCUUUAGCAUUCUAAAAGCAAUUUUAAUUGUACCAUAUAAAAAUGUCUACUUUCCAUGCCGCAAAUACCCUUUUGUGCUAUUUUUGUAAAUUAAUUUUGCCAGUUAGAAGUACUGUAUGUGCUGCAUAGAAAUUUGUGCUUAGAUGGUGAAGUUCUUAAGCUUACAAUGGAAUACAGCUACAUUUUCAGUGUUAACUGUGCAUAUUAAGAGUAAUUCUUUGAAAAAAUACAAUUUUUCAAAAAAGUAAAAAAAACCCAAAAAGUUCUCAGCUAAUUCAUUGUAAUAAGAGAUUUUCAGUGUCUUCGAUGAUUUGGAAUCUCAUUAUGCUUAGAUUUUAUGACUCUGCCUAGUAGCUGCUACUGUAGUUUAAAACUGGCCUGACAUUCAGAGGUGCUGACCACCCACAACUCCCACUGACUAAAGGACCUCUGAAAAUCAGCACCAAAACGUUAAUCUUCCUUUCUGAGUUUGAAUGUUAGCAUUUGAGAUACAAAGCGUAUUGACCCACUUCAAGCACAGCAGGUUUAGAGUUGCUUUUAUUAGCAACUGCAAAAUUAUCAUGGAGCUUUCUCUUUUACAAGGUCAUUUGGAAAAAACCAUCAUGUACACAUAGUACUUACCUUUGGGGAGGAAAAAACAACUAAUGUAAAAACAAAUCAUUCUUUUCAUUCUUUUAACAGCUGAGAUUUUUCUCAAUGUGUACAGUUCUCAGAAAGUCUUGGUUGCCAAAAAUGUUUAACUCGGUAAUUCAGCCAUUCCUCAAGUGUAGAUGGGUAACUAUUGUAACAGCCUCUGAGGUUGCUAGAUCAUUUCUUUAUAACGAGGGUGCAAGUUACCCCCAGGGGAUAGAGGGUGGGCAGGAAUGGCUGCAUUAUCAUGUCAGCACUGUAGUUCUGUGAGCACAGUAGCAUAAUAAAUGCUGCAUGGUUUGAGUCAUAGUCACAGACAAACCUCGUGCUUCGCAGUCCUCUGUGUGGAAAACUGAACCCUGAGUUAUAGAUUGUAAACUACUGUAUAACACAACAAAGGUCACUUGGACGGCCCCUCCAAUGGGUUUCCAGUUCAGUUCGCAGUCAAUAGGUUUUUUGUAUUGAGAGUGUCUCCUUGAUUGGUUUUGCUAGUAAUUCUGUAAAUUGUACAUUUACAAUAUGAGGUUUUUUUUUCCUUUUGUACAAUUUAAAACUGAUGCUUCACCUUUCCUUUAAUAAACUAUUCAAAGUCA